GAGUGGCCUAAAAGCUGAGCCGGAGCCUGGCGUUCUCUUCUCUUUUUAACAUACAGUGAGAGGGCAGAGAGAGAGAGAGAGAGGAGAGGAGAGGACAGGGACGGGUCCGGGCGCAAUGAUUACAUGUGUCUCGUUCCGGUUCCUCGAUCUCUCCGGGCCGUCGUGUACGCUGCUUGGGUUCGUCUCACCUCACGGCCCCCGACUCCACGUCACGUGACCGUGGUUCUUGUUGCUACUGAGAGGGACAAAACAGCCAAUGGAAGGUGGGAGAUGGUGCGAUGGGGGUUAGCUUUUACCACCAGCGGCAGCAGAGAUGACAACAGGAGGGGGAGACGGGGACGGGGAAAAGAAGGAGGGCAUCCAGAGGACUGGGCAAUAGGGGGAGAGGCAGAAAGAGUGAGACAGAAGAAAGAAGGGAGGGCAGAAAAGAGAGGGAAGGAGAGUGAUUCAGAAGGUACUACUCCCCACCAGAAGGAAUUUUCAGUCCCCACAGCCACACUCCCACCUCUCUCUCUCUCUCUCUCUCUCUCAACUUCUCCAACCUUCAACCACCCCCUAUAUAUGUAUGUAAGCAAAACUAAGUGAGGAGGAGUAGAUACAGUUCAUGGAUGACAGAUAUUAUAGAAGAUAUAUAGCAGGUAAUUAUAGAGGGAGAGAUUGAGUCAGAGGUAGGUGUGAGGAGAGAGAGAGAGAGAGAGAGAGAGAGAGAGAGAGGGAGAGGAAGAGGGAGAGACGGGGGAAGGGGGAAGGGAAAGGAGUAUAUAAGCUGGGGGAGGAGGCAUAGGUUUGGUUUCUUCUUCUUCUUCUUGAUAUAAGAGCAGCCGGGGUGGCUUCUGGAAGGCGAUUCCCUUCCGACACUGGCGCGUUCGCGGACUGGGUGGCCCCCUCGGCCGCCACAGCCAGAGGCGACGACCUCUGCCUCGGAUUUAAUGGCGGCGGCGGAGGAGGAGGGGGAGGGGGAGGCGGAGGCGGCGGGGGAGUAGUGUGGGCUGGCCCUGGCUCGUCGGCCGCGGCUGGGGGCGGUGGUGGGAGGCAAGACAUUAAUUACGGGAUACCUACCGAUAUGGGCAUGGUGGUGCUGGCCUCCGCCGCGUCCUUCCACCAGCAGCACCACCACGAGUCGCUGCUCGCCUCUGCCGCGGCGGAGCAGCACCCCAUCAUCCCCCUCCUCGCCGCUGCGCCGUGCCUUGUCGAGGAUGACAACCCCGCUGCGCGGGCCAAGCCCGGCGGUAUCCACCUCUGGCAGCCGGUCCUGCCCCAGCCGCCUCACCACCUCCCGCCCGCCCAUGGAAGCAACCCUAACCCUAAUGUCACUCUCUCCAAUUACCUCAGAAAGCCCGUGCCUAUGCUCGAUCCCACAGGAAUUCUCGCGGGUGCCGGCGCCGUCGCCGCGGGGGGAGGGACGUCUACGUGCCAGGACUGCGGGAACCAGGCCAAGAAGGAUUGCAGCCACCGGAGGUGCCGGACGUGCUGCAAGAGCCGCGGGUUCGAGUGCUCGACCCACGUCAAGAGCACCUGGGUCCCCGCCGCCCGCCGCCGCGAGCGCCAGGUCUCCGCCGCCGCCGCGGGCUCCUCCGCCUCCACCUCGGCGCCCAAGAAGCCGCGCCUCGUGGCCUCGCAGACCGGGACCGCCUCCCACACCUCCACCUCCAACACCACCCCUCCUCGUAGCUUCGACACGACCUCCAGCCACCAAGACGCGAACGUCAAAGAGAGCCUCCCGGCGCACGUACGAGCCCCGGCGGUGUUCAAGUGCGUGCGAGUCACAUCCAUCGACGACGGCGAAGACGAGUACGCCUACCACGCCAUGGUCAAGAUCGGCGGGCGCGUCUUCAAGGGCUUCCUCUACGACCAAGGCCUCGACGACGGCGGCAGCCACGCCGACGACGCCAAGGACGCCAUUCCCAACAUCUCGGAGCUGCACCUCGGGAACAGAAACGGUGGCGCUUCUUCGUCGUCGCCGAUGCUUCCCUCCGACGUCUUCGGAGGCAGCGGUGGAUUGAUGGGAGGCACCAACUACGGUAACCAAAUGAACUGAACUCCUCCUCAGCAUUCUCACACACGCACCCAAUCCUCUCACUGAGCUCAACAAUCCCAUCUUUUUUAACGUCGUCGUCUUGUGUUAUGUGAGACCAUGGAUGCCCGGAGGUGGCCGUGAGGGGUUGGUUGGUUCUACAUGUUGUAACCAUAUGUGUCUUCUCUAUCGACUCGCCUUCUUCUUCUUUCUACUUGAGAGACUAUUAUUUCUCGUUCUAAUAAUUCUAUUUGUUGCAUCCUC